AUGAGGAUGGACACCCUGCAGCUGGUUUUCCUGCUCUUCACCUGCUCCUGCUUGCUUGUCGAAGCAGCGCUAUCCAAUCGAAUAGACGAGCUACACCACCCGCAGUACCUGGACGAGAUAUUUGCAGAGGCGAAAAGGAAUUAUCCGGCUUACCAGAUCAAGAGCAGACCUGGCCAACCCCUGCGUUUCGGCAAGCGAUACAGGCAAACCGCCCACGAAUACCCAGUCAACUGAGUCAUUAAUCACAUUUUCCGGUUGGCUGCAAAUACGCGCAAGCAAUUGAUUGUAACCGUUCAGAUCACGGAUGAAUUGCAAUCGGUGAAAGCGAUCCGUCCGCAUACGACCGAUCCGAAAGCAGACCUGUGA